AUGUCUAAGUUUCUUGUACUCCUCUCUGUACUUUUUGCAGUUUCAGAAUCUUCAGCUAUCCCAACCAGAUUUCGACGGCAAUAUGGGUGGGGAGGACAACCUUACUACGGCGCCGCGCAGUAUUACGAAACACAACCUCAACAGUGGUCAUCUCAAUCUCAGUAUCAGAAUAACCAAAACUACUACUCCCCAUACUUCUACGGGUAUCAACGCCAACAAAACUGGCAAACUUCAAAUCAAAACUCCUAUCAAUCUCAAUAUAACCGACCAUCAUGGAUCUCAGAUAACAAUAAUGGAUAUGCAACAGCACCACCAACUUAUAACCAAGCAAAUGUUGGAGGCUACACCAGACCGAAAUAUCUUGCAACAAUGCAGCCAAAACCAACCUUAUCCCCAGUAAUUCUCGAACGAUCGACACUGUUUGUGACUGCAGAACCAAUAAAACCAACUGAGGAUGGAAACCACCCAACUUUCUUGGAACGUCUCGGAGUAGCUACACUUCCAGUUGUCCCAUCUCUCACAAGUUCCGAAGAAGAAUCAUUGAAGAGUGCUGAGGAAGCAGUACAUGAAACUCUUGGAAACGGAGCACUUCUACCAGAAAGAUCAUCUGUGGAAGAAACAACUGUGAAUUCAGAAGAAGAGGAAGGAGAUCGUGAGGAAACUACAACUGUUCCAGAAACCACAGAUACUAUUGGGAGCUCGACAUCAGAAACAUCUGUCCUCGAAAAAGAUGAGAUUGCCUCAUCGGAGUUUUUUGCAUCAUCCACAGAAACUAGUACAGAAGUUGCAACCACCGAAGAAGUCACAACGACAUCAGAAGAAGCGUUCACGACACCUACUAUAGAUGAAACAACGGAAUUGUUUUCUACGACCACGGAAAUCAUUGUGGCUACUGAAACUAGCACUAUAACUGCAGAGACAUCAACAGUUACGGAUACGAGUACAGAAGCAAGUACGACUACUUCUACAGAAGUCACCACAACUAUUCCAACCACGACUACUCUUUCAUCAAAACCAUCUUCCACUAAAGCUCCUGUAAAAGAAGUGAAACCAGUAACACUGCUUGCGUUCCAAGAAGUCACUAAUGAAGUAACAUCAAAUAUUAUGAAUGUCACUCAACCGACCGUAGAUCAAAGCACAAGUGUUGGCGAUUUGAAUGAAAUUGGAGAAGGGUCUGGUACUACGGACUCGGCCGCAACAACUGAGGAAAACACAAAUCGAUCAACAUUUGUGACUGGAAUUGUUGGACUACGUGCUCCCCCAGUUCCAAAAACUACUGAUCCGGAGAAGGAGGGACUUGCAGUUGUUGAAUGGACGGAUUCGGAUAAUGAAGUUAGGAAGGUUCUGCUCACUCAAUGA